UAGUGAUCCAUACGAUUCAUACGAUCCAUACUCAGUGCAAUUUGUUACGUGGAGUGUGGUUAACAUGUGGUGGUUUGGGAUGGUUGUGUGGUGAUUGAAUGUUUUAAACAUGUUUAAACAUUUUAUUCCUUUUAUGCUGCUUCUUGUAUCUCCAUGAUGACGUUCAACAUUUUGUACAACUCGUGUAUCCAAAGGAUGAAACAGGAGUGAAAAUGUAUGCUGCAGUCUGGGCUAUAAUUAUUUUCCAAAUGUAUUGGAUUAGAAGUUCUUACAGCACUGACUGAAGAGUUCUUCUGUUGAAAUACGCCCCGUAGCCCAGUGAGUCAUCUGACACUGUGGAGUAUGUUGGGAUAUAUUGCCUCCAGCUUCAGAGUCGAAGAGGCGUCUUUGUCUGUAUCUGAUGUUUGUCAUUGGUUUCAGUGCUAGAGCUGCGUUAUUUGUUGAGGAACCAAGAUGACAUGUAAUACAAUAAUUUUAAAAUGGUCUAGAAGCAAAAUGUGCAGGAAGUAUAACAGCCUUCGAUCUUUGUGAAUAUUGCACUAAUACAGUUCUUACGAAGUGCUGAAACUUGCACGUGAUUUGCAUCCUUUGAGCACUUACAUUCAUUUGUCGUAUGAUACAGGAAGUUAUUUUUCCUAUGCAACUUGUGACACUGGGGAGAUAAAUAUAACUUUAAAAUAGUUGUGUGAAGAGUCAAAAAAUUUGCAUUCACCGUUACUAACCAAGUUACAAAUGAAUUUGACAUCUGUAUGCUAUUCCCAAAUAAUAAAUCUAAAGAAAAAAGAAGAAACCUGUUAAGAUUGUUUGAGUGUAUAUAUUAUUUUGUUUCAACAAAGCACACAAGAAAAAAUACUACCAAUAACAAAACUGGAGCCCGAAUAGAACAAAUAAAUGUAUAAAGCUUAUGACCUCAUAGAGUGAAAGCAAAAGAAAUUGAACCCAAAUAUUACAUUUGUUACAACCGAAAAUGUCGGUUCAUCAAGAUUCAAUUUUGCAUAAGAUUAAAGUAAUGCGAGGAAGAGCAGGCAGCAUCGUUAAAGUUUUGUCUGAGAGACAGGCUGUUGUUAGGGACAAAGUAUAUGGUGAUAUUACAUUUACUGAGGAUGUAUUUGCAUUUUCAGUGGAAGAAAAAGGGAUUGAUUUUAGAAGUUACUUUCCAAUAGGUAAACAGGUUUAUUUUGAUAUUGAAGUUAAUGAUGCAAGAUUUGUUAGAUGUACACGUAUUUGGAUGGGAAAAAAGCAGAAACCAGAUUUGAAUUGCUCUCAGCCCAUUUGCAUUCCAUAUCAGACAGAAAAUCUUGUGGGAAAUAGGGAGUACAAAGGAACAGUAAUCAGAAUGCUACCUCCGUUUGCCUUUCUGCUGGAGUUAGAUGACUCGAAGAUUCAUGUGUUUGUUUGUAACCGAUCCUUCAAGCCCAAUCGCCAAGCGCCAAACUUACAGAGAAAUGAAAUUAUCAGUCAUCAUGUAUCUAAGGGAGAUAAAGUGUAUGUAAAAGUAUACAGAAAUUCAGCAAGAAAAAAGUUUGAAUGGUCAGCAUACGAUGCAUGGAUGGAAGACAGUAAUACUUCUGAACCAAGCACUAGGUCUGAGGAUUCAAUGUGUAUCACUAGGAAGAAGCGGCAGCGUAAGAGAACUCGUAAGACUAAGGAGAAAACACUUAUUAUGAAAGGCAGGUUGAGUUUUGUAGACACUGAGACAGCACUUCUUGAAAGCACAGACUGCAAUGGUACAGUGUCCUUUCAUCGUCGCAAUGCAUUCCUGUUUGGAGUCGCAAUGGAAAGGCUGAGCCUGAACUAUAUAUUCAAAAUAGGUGAAGAACUGAACUUCCUAUUAUCAAACAAUGUUGAAAGUGAGGCAUCACACGUGUGGUUUGGCUCAUUUGAUACUCUGAGUCAGAAUUGGAGGGAGAGAUUGAAUUGCAUCAUCCAGUAUUGCAAGGAAAGAGGCAUUAAUGACCUAUCUGUUUUGACCACCAUUUUUCAGGAACUUGGCAGACAACUACCCAGUGAAGAAGAGAAUAUAUCUAAUUGCCCCACUACUGACUUAGACAGUGCAUCUUCAGCAGGAGGCACCAUUAGAAAAGAAUUGAAUGAUUUUAGGAAAAAUAAAUCUGACACUUAUGAGUUAGAUAUGUAUGGUACUGUUGAACAAAAUGAAGUAGUACCCGAUGAAGAAGAGAAUAUAUCUAAUUGCCUGACUACUGACUUAGACAGUGCAUCAUCAGCUGGAGGCACCAUUAGAAAAGAAUUGAAUGAUUUUUGGAAAAAUAAAUCUGACACUAACGAGUUAGAUAUGUAUGGUACUGUUGAACAAAAUGAAUUAGUACCAUCAUCCAUAGUGUCUGGUAAUGUCUUAGUUACAGGUUCAAUACCAGACAUCAAUUUGACCACAGCUGCUGCCAAAGAAAAUGACUGUACUGUUUUGACUGAACAAAAUACAGCUCCAAAUGAAUUGACCAGCUGCACAGUAACAACCACACCAUCAAGUAGCUGCACUGUGAUAGCUUCAGAACAUAGCAUCAGUAAUGUUACAGCUGCAAGUAAAAAGUGUUGUUCUACCUUUGUUCCUGUGAUCACAACUAAACAGAAUACUACUCCUGCAAGUGAACAAAUUGGCUUAACAAUUAGAAAUAUGUCAGUACUACCUACAAGUACUGCAGGUGAAGGUCACAGAGCUGUGGCAGCAGCUAACAAAACAUUUACAGAUUCAGCAAAUCGAAGUAAAAUAGAAGAUGCUGAAAUAACUACAGAUCAUUUGAAAUCAAGCAUUAAAGUAGGAACAGAUUCUUUGAAAGACAACAGUAAUACAGCAGGUGAACCUGUGAAUGAAUCUGACAAAGUAACUGAUGGUAAGCUAAGUAGCCCAAUGGCUUGUAUCAGUAAAUACAUUGGUGUUUCAGAUGAGAGUCAAAAGCAUGGACACGCAGAUCUGCAGAAAGUAGAAUCAGAGUCAUUUAUUCCUGAUAUGGGUACAGAAAUAGUGUGCUUAUCAAAUUGUGAUACUGAACUAGAAUUGUCUAUAUCUGUGCUUAACAAGGAUCUAGAACAAAAUUUGAACCUGGCUCUUAUGUCAGUUCUCAAGAAAGAAGUAGGAGAAUCAGCAUCACAGAUUCUGGCUCCCUCUGUGAUGGGGCUCUUCAAGAAAGAAUUGAGUUGCAUUAUACAGAAGCUUAUGGUUAAGGCCCUGUCUUCUGUCAUAGAUAAUAUUACAGAGUUGAAGAACCAAGAUACAGAUUCACAAUAUGAAGAAGCUGGCGUGACCAGGGUCACCAGGAUAGUUGAAGAGUGGAAGGAAGAAUUUAUGUUGGUCACAGAGAGGCAGAUGGUAGAAAAAGAAAAGGCAUCAACUCAGAGCAACCAGGAAGAAGAUAUUGAUGAUUGCUGCAACAGCAGAAACAGUAUUGAUCAUAUUGGUACUGCUUAUAAUGAUGGCACAGAAGAUAAGAAUACAUUGGUUGAAUCUGUGCAGGACUUUGCUCAAUCAGAGAAGGUAGCUGACUGUAAGAUGAUGGCAAUCCCAAGAAAAAUUUCAGACAAAGGAACACAGACAGUUUCGACUGGCUGUAUCCUUUACUUGAAGUGCCUUCGUGACUUGUAGUAGUGUACCUGUGCUUCAGCAUGAUAUAAGUUAACCUUCUUGCUCAUUGAAGAAAGCAGUCUUCUAGGAUGUGGCGCUGUGUAGAUAUUGUGUUAACUGACGUUUCGGAGAAACGUAUC